AUAUACCGAUGUGCCUGCGUUCCGGUUUCAUGGGUCUAUCUGAUACGAUGUAAAACGUUCGUGUUCAAUGGAGUACGGUGGUACGACCGAUUGUUAAAAGCGUCAUUGGAAACGUCGUUUCAAUUGUAGUGCAAUAUUUAUGUGUCAAUAAAAUUUCUAGAAGACGCAGCAUACCUGACAAAUUUUUAGCUAACGGACGAAACGCAUUCAUUGAAUAUGAGGCGCAAGAGUGAAAGAAAUAAAGCAAAAGCAGGGACUCCAGAGAAGGAAGUCGAAAAACCAACCCGAAAGUCAACACGUAGACGUGCAAAGCGAACACCUUCAACAUCUCCAGAACAGGAGAAUGCUGAGAUACCAAAAACUGUAAGCAAUAAAGAAAUAGAAAAGAAGUCAACACAUCUUCAAAAAAAGGAAAUAGGGCAACCAGAAGAAAAUAAUGAAAAGGUUUUGUCUACUGAGAUGGAUCUUAAGGUCAAAUCAGAAGAAGAUGAAGAGGACAACAUUGGUGGAUCAGUUUGGGAAGUGUCAAAAGCUGAUGCAUCACCUGGAGAGAUACAGAAGUUGAAAUUAUCUAGACAGCAUAACAUAUCAGAAGGAUUAUCUGAUACUUCUUUAAGUAGGAAAAAAUCGAACAAGUGGCAGGAAAGUGGUGAGGGAGUUGCAGAGGAGGCUGACUCGGCAGACAAGCAACUGGUUUCUUGUACAAGAAUGCUCAGUAGCACUGAACAGCCGAACGAUCCCUCCUCUUCAUACCCAGGUCAGGACUCCAACGAAGAGGUAAGUGAUAACAAGGAGAUCCCACCUGAAACCACUUCAGCCAACUUGUCUGACGAUAAACCAAACAUAGAUCAGCAAGGUGAAUCAAAUGAGGCAAAUUUCUCCAACGAAAACGCUGAUAGUGAACCCAUUAAGUCGAGUAACACAAUCAUGUUGGCUCCUAAUUCAAAUGGUGAUCCCUCAUCUGUGGAGACAAAUGUUAUACCAAAGGAAGAAAAAUCUGUGGAAGAUACCAGCGAAAAAUCAACGGAAGCCUUUAGUAAAGAUCCUAGUGUUGAAAACACUCAAAGAGAUACAAGUAGCGAUGAAGACGAUGAUGAAAAAGAAAAAAUUCGUAAAGUAAAUUCAUCAUCUGAGUCGAACGAUGAAAUUUGUACUAAAACUAAUAGAACUAGUGGCAGAGUACAAUGUGCCAGUCGCAGAAAGCAUCGAACUAAAUAUCGAGAUUCAUCUAAUUCCGAUACGCCAGAUUCUGAGGAUGAACCUUCUAUUAAAAGAGAGUUAGAAAUUGAUACUUAUAUGCAAGAAGAAAAAAUCAAUGCAGAAGAUUUUCAUGAACAGAAAGAUAAUUCUGAGUCACCAAAAGCAAGAAAUAAUUCUUUAUUGAAUAAUGUAAAAAUAGAAAUGGAGCAUUGUGAAGGAAAUAAAAAAUUAGACAGUCUAGCUGACAAAUCGGAAUAUUCUGCGUCAGCAGCAACUCAAUCGAUGACUUAUAAACCUGUGAAAGUAAAUUUAAAAAGAUCAUUUUCUUCGAGAAUGUUGAUAGAGAAGAAUGAUGCCAAAAGAGAAGAUAAUGAUGCAAAUGCAAAUAAUGAAACAAAUGUUCCACAUAAGGAAAAUCACGACAAUACCGAACAAGAGUCAAAAUGUGUUCCGAGAAAACGUCGAUGGGGCACUGCAUUAUCUACCGAUACCGCACCCUCAUUUUCCAUUUCUACGGAUUCUCUAAAAGCAUUAGUCCCCGGAGCAAGGCCAUUAUCGAUAAACGAAGUUCGUCUCUCAAAAGAUGACGACGAAGACAGAGAUCGUUAUCGAGUUAGUGAAAAAUGGCACAACUCUAGCGAGGGAGUGAACGAUAACAAGUCCGGUGACGAAAGUAUUGCUCAAAAGAAUGGUGCAGCAAAGAAAGGGGACGCGAAGAUAGACAAUCACAUAGCAGCAAGGCGUAAGAUAUCAAUUGUCAAAGAAACACCACACGUGAAAUCUCCGAGUCCACCUGCUACAAAACCUACCAACAUUCUUUUGAUUAAAAACUUGGUUCGUCCUUUCACAUUAAAUCAAAUUAAAGAGCUUCUGUCGCGUACUGGCACAAUCGUCGAGAAUGGAUUUUGGAUGGAUAGAAUUAAAUCCAAGUGUUUUGUAGAGUAUGCCAAUGAGGAUCAGGCAUUUGAAACGAGGCAAGCGCUACACGGUAUAUCCUGGCCUAUUUCAAACCCGAAGAGGCUUCAUGUUGAAUAUGCAACCAAAGAUGAUAUGGAACUAGCGCGGGAAUUGUCGAAGGAUCAAUCCAUUCCAAGAAAAACUGAGCCUCUUGUACCGUCCGAUUCAUGGCAACAAGAUUGGAACCGCGAGGAAAGAACAAAUACAAAGGUAAUGGUAGUUCGAGAAUGGGACCUAGGUAAAGAGGAUGGCCAGCAGCACAUGAAGGAGAAAGAACGUGAAAAAAAGGAUCACGAUAAAAAGAGGCGGCAAAGGAGUCGGAGUCCCGCAGUGGAAGCACAUCUUCCAGCUCCAGCUCGUAAAUUCAAAAAGAAAGAGGACGAGCCACCGCCGGCUAAGCUUUUAGAUGAUCUCUUUAGAAAGACAAAAGCAACGCCAUGCAUAUAUUGGUUACCACUCACAAAUGAACAGAUAGUCGUGAAAGAAGAGAUGAGAAGGCAACAUAUGGCAGAACAUGCGCGCAGAUUAGAAGAGAUGAGACGCGCGGAGAGAAACAGGGAUGGUCGUCGUCGUCGCAGCCCGAGAAAAUAGUUUUCUGUCCUCUACCAUUAUCGCUAAACGUCAACAUUAACUAUUCAACAGAGCGGCG